AUGCAGAUCUGGUUACUUUUUGUUCUGAUCAAGCUGGUGAACACUGAAGUACUCAGAAAGGAGAUGUGUACAGGUGGACAUCCUGGAAUUCCAGGAAAUCCUGGUCACAAUGGAAUACCUGGAAGGGAUGGAAGAGAUGGGUCUGUGGGCAAAAAAGGGGAUACAAGGCCCUCCGGUGUACCUGGUGCCAAAGGAAGAAGAGGUGAACAAGGAAGUAAAGGAACAUCUGGAAAAAUAGGACCAAAAGGAAUUCCUGGACCAGUUGGACACAAAGGCCAAAAGGGAGAACUAGGAUUACAAGGACAGCAAGGUGUAAAAGGGGACUUAGGACCUCGAGGUCCAAAAGGGGACAAGGGGGCUAUUGGACUUCAGGGGAAUAUUGGUUUACCAGGCCCUGUUGGGCCAACUGGUGUAAGAGGUCCCAAUGGAGAAGUAGGAAGUGAAGGCCCCAGGGGAUGUCCUGGAAUUCAAGGUGAAAGAGGAGAUAAAGGGGAAAUAGGGGAGAAAGGGAACAAUGGGGAGAAUGCAUUGAUAAGGAAUAGUGCAUUUAGUGUUGGCUUGACAGAAGUUUCCAAGUGGCCUCGUUCAGGCAGUCCAAUCAAAUUUGAAAAAGUCAUAUACAACAACCAAAAUCACUAUGACCUCUCCACAGGGAAAUUUACCUGUGUAUUUUCUGGUGUUUAUUAUUUUGUUUAUCAUAUCACUGUCUAUGUCAAACAUGUCAGAGUUGCUUUAUAUAAGAAUGGUGCUCCAGUUCUCAAUACUUUUGAUAGCUAUCAGAAUAGUGAGGAUCAGGCUGCAGGAGGCACACUACUGCAAUUACAAACUGGAGAUCAAGUGUGGCUCCAAGUAAUUGGUGGGGAUUCUUAUAAUGGACUGUUUGCAGACAACAAUGAUGACACUGUUUUUACUGGGUUUCUGUUGUUUACUGAAUAA